GCCUAUUCCAAAACCCUUCCCCGCCUUCUCGUUCUUUUUCUUUCGAUCCGCAGCCUCGAGCGAGCCUUCAUCGCCGCCACCAGCACACCCCAAAAAAUCCCGACAUCCUUUUUUUUUUCCCCUCUCCCCGAUUCGCGGUGUUGCUUGCCUGCCUGACACCGAGUGCGAUGCUGAGGCUGAUCUUCGUGGCCGCUGCGCUCGCCGGCCUCUCCCGAGCCAGCGACGUGCUCGAAUUCACCGACGACGACUUUGACAGCGGCGUCCAGGACCUGGACCUCAUCCUGGUGGAAUUUUAUGCGCCCUGGUGCGGUCACUGCAAACGGCUCGCCCCCGAGUACGAGACGGCGGCCACGCGCCUGAAAGGCAUCGUCCCCCUGGCUAAGGUCGACUGCACGGCCCACAGCAAGACUUGCAGCAAAUACGGCGUCAACGGCUACCCCACCCUGAAGAUCUUCAGGGGCGGAGAAGUUUCUGGGCCCUACGAAGGCCCCAGAUCAGCAGACGGAAUUGUGAGUUUCCUGAAGAAGCAGGCCGGCCCCGCCUCCGUGGCGCUCACCACCGAGGCGGCGUUUGACGAGUUCGUCGCGGACAAAGACGCCAGCGUCGUCGGCUUCUUUUCCGACAUCCAAAGCCCGGCGUACGAAGAGUUCCAGAAGGCCGCAAACGACCUGAGGGAAAACUACCGCUUCGCCCACACCAGCGUCGAGGCGCUCCUCAAAAGUCAAAGCGUGGACGGCGAGGGCGUCAUCCUAUUCCGCCCGCCCAGGCUCAACAACAAGUUUGAAGAUGGCUCAGUCAAAUUCAGUGAGGGGAAAAUUACCAAAAACAAAAUCAAGACGUUCGUCAAGGACAACGUUUUUGGGAUGUGCCCCCACAUGACAGACGACAACAAAGAUCAGCUGAGGGGGAAAGACCUGCUCGUGGCCUACUAUGAUGUGGACUACGACAAAAAUCCCAAAGGCUCCAACUACUGGAGGAACAGGGUGAUGAAGGUGGCCAAGAGCUUCAUCUCCCAGGGCAAGGAGCUCGGCUUCGCCGUCGCCAACAAGCUUUCGUUCAGCCACGACAUGUCUGAGUUCGGCCUGGACGGAGCCGAUGGAGAGCUCCCCCUAGUGGCCCUGCGCACCGUCAAGGGAGACAAAUACGUCAUGACCGAGGAGUUUUCUCGCGACGGAAAAGCGCUUGAGAGUUUCCUGCAGGACUACUUUGACGGCAAACUGAAGCGUUACCUGAAGUCGGAGCCCAUCCCGGAGAGCAACGACGGCCCCGUCAAGGUUUUGGUGGCUGAGAAUUUUGACUCCAUCGUCAACGACGACAGCAAAGACGUGCUGGUCGAGUUCUACGCGCCGUGGUGCGGCCACUGCAAGAGCCUGGAGCCCAAAUACACGGAGCUCGGAGAGAAGCUCGCCAACGAUCCCAACGUGGUCAUCGCCAAGAUGGACGCCACGGCCAACGACGUCCCGUCGCCUUAUGAAGUCAGCGGGUUCCCGACAAUUUACUUUUCACCAGCCGGCAGUAAAAUGAAUCCAAAGAAGUAUGAGGGAGGCCGCGAGUUGAGCGACUUCGUGUCGUACCUGAAGAGGGAGGCGGCCAACCCUUUGGUGAUGGACGAGGAGCCCAAGAAGAAGAAGAAGAAGAAGAGCAGCGACGACGACAAGAUUGAGCUAUAAAAGGAAAAAGAAAAAAAAAAAAGAGCUCGACAAUGAGAACGCAACAUCCCCGCUGCGACUUGGGAGGGUUUUUUUUUUUUCCCCCAAUAUUUUUAUUUUUUGUUUUUAGGGGAAUCAACAGGAGAGAAAUAAAUUAUAUUCCACUGUCUUAGUGAACGCUAACAAUGCGCUGAAGCCAAGUUGAUUGGGUCCUCUGGCAAUACUGUGGAAGGAAGAGCGCUGUUUCGCUUUCGUGAAAAGGGGCAGCUUUUUCCAAAUGUAUGAUUUUUGUUUUUUUUUUUUUUUUUUUCUGUCUUUCCCUCCCCUAAAAAAAGGAGGGGGAAAAAAAAAAAGCAUCUCGUCUACUCCACGUCUCUCUCCGGCUCACGAUGCACUUGGGGCCGCUCGGCAUUCGGCGUCAACCUGCCGCUCCGGGUUUUUGUUUCUACUUGUCACACGGGGGGGAGCGG